GUAAAUUUAUUAUUAACAACAUAUUUCGCGAUGGUUGAAUUCAUUCAUUGAAGACCGAACCAGAGAAAACCCUAGCUUUCGUUCGUCCUCUACGAUCCCCCGAGCAUCUCCAAAUGUUCAAGAACACAUUCCAGUCUGGUUUUCUCUCCAUCCUGUACAGCCUGGGGAGCAAGCCCUUGCAGAUAUGGGAGAAAGAGGUUAUCAACGGUCAUGUCAAACGACUGCAAGACGAGGACAUACAAUCCAACGUCCUAGAAAUAGUUGGAUCAAAUGUGCAGUCAACAUACAUUACAUGCCCAGCAGAUCCAGCUGCAACACUUGGUAUAAAGCUUCCAUACUUAGUUAUGAUCGUGAAAAAUAUGAAGAAAUAUUUUACAUUUGAGAUCCAAGUGCUGGAUGACAAGAAUGUGAGGCGGCGUUUCCGAGCUUCUAAUUUUCAAGCUGUGACUCGUGUGAAACCAUUUAUAUGCACGAUGCCCUUGAAGUUGGAUGAGGGAUGGAAUCAAAUUCAGUUGAAUCUUGCUGAUUUUACUAGACGAGCUUAUGGAACCAACUAUGUGGAGACAUUGCUAGUUCAGGUCCAUGCAAACUGCCGGCUUAGAAGGAUAUAUUUUGCUGACCGCCUUUAUUCAGAAGAGGAACUCCCGCCAGAAUUCAAAUUAUACCUUCCAAUGCAGCAGAAAGGUUGAUGCUUUGGAAGAAUAUUCGUGAGACUCAAGUUCUGGAGUUGUCAUCAUACUCUCAUCUUCUACCAGUUGAUUUACGUCUGUAAUAUUUCACAGCUAAUGCCAGAAGUGAACUCUUUAGAAAAGACAUGUUCGGUGUUAACCUUGGGUGCUGAGCCCAUAUGAAGGAUAUGCUGCAUUUGUUGAUUUUGCAAUUUGAUGUAUGGCUCAGCUACAAAAGAGUGGUUGUGGAAGUUAAGUUCUGCCUAUAUAUAUAUAUAUAUAUUUAAAAAAUGUUAA